CCCCACAUAGGUGUACGAUGGCCGCAAGAUCGCCUACGCACCCAUCGAACUUCCGCUCGGUUCCGCCCGAUCGACCAAGAUCGUUGUCGAGCUCCCCGAAGACAAUGGUGGAGCUGAGGCUGAAGCUCGUCCUGGCAGGAAAUUCACCAUGACAAUCAAGUGGGCCGCAGAUAUCAACAUGGGCCGCCUCGUCAAAUUCGUCAAAGGUGAACUUCCUCCGGGCGACAACGCUCAAGAAGCCGUCAACUUGCUUGAUAUCAUCCUCAGGCACUACGCCUCGACCAUUCCUGGCUGCGAACCUGUGACUCGCGGAUGGUACCUUCAGAGCCUCUUCUCGCGUACCCCUCAAGACCGCGACCUUUCGGGCGGCGCUGAAGCAUGGAACGGACUGAGGCUUUCGAUGCGCCCUGGAGUGAAAUCGAUCUUCUUGAACGCCGAUUUGGCUACUUCGGCGUUCUUGACUCCCGGCCCGGCUAUCACCGUUCUCCAGAACAUCGUUGGACGCAACGUCAAGCUUGACCGCGAGCUCCCUGCCGGCGCCAUCGAGCGCGCGAACUCAACCCUCAAGAAUGUCCGUAUCCACCUUACCGACUUCCGUCAAACUGGCCGUAAGAAGUACAACAUUGGACGCUUGAGCAAGGAACCCGCCUCGCGCUGCUCCUUUGAGCGCACCGUCGAUGGGACCACCACCAAGGUCACGAUCCCGCAGUUCUUCCAAGAGACCUACAACAAGCGUCUGCAAUACCCCAACUUGCCCUGCUUCGAAGUUGGCGGCGGCUCUAGGAAGAUCCUCAUCCCGAUCGAACUUUGCGAGAUUCCGGCUGGUCAGACCUACAGGAAGAAGCUUGAUGAUGUCCAAACGGCCAAGAUGAUCCGUAUCGCUCAACAGCGUCCCAUCGACCGUCUCAACCGCACCAGCCAAGGCGUCAACCAGCUCGUCGGUCCGGCGCGCGAAGGCCAAGAUUUCCGCGAGAACGACUACCUCAAGGCCUUCAACGUCAAGCUCGCUAAAGACAUGCUCACCGUCAACGCUCGCAUCCUCCCUCCGCCGGUCGUGGCCUACAACCCGUCGUCUCGCGCAAAGGAAGUCAUUCCGCGCGACGGCGUCUGGAACAUGAAGGAUCGCAAGGUUGCUCGUGGAAUGGCUCUCCACUCCUGGUCCGUCUUGAUCUUCGCGCCUGAGCCUAUGUUGCCCAGGAGUGCGGUUACGACCUUCGUCAAGAAGCUGGUCGAGGUUUGCAAGGCAACUGGAAUGGAGAUCCAGCAAGAAGAACCCACCUUGCGUUACGGACGUGAUGCAAAUGUCGAAGACAACUUGAACGCUUCUUUCCGUGAUGCUGGAGAGAACUGUCGUAAGAGGCCCCAGAUGAUCCUUGUCAUUCUACCCGACACAAACCCUCGCCGGUACGCCGAAAUCAAGCGAGUCUCCGACACCGUACUUGGUGUUAUCACCCAAUGCAUGCAAGCAAAGCACGUCGGAAAAGCAGCAGCUCAAUACUGCGCCAACUUGUGCCUGAAGAUCAACGUCAAGCUCGGCGGCUUCAACGCCUUCCUGCCCGCUAAGGCUGGUCCUCAGGGGCAGCCUCAGUUGCCAUUCAUUUCCGAGGCUCCGACCUUGGUUCUUGGUGCCGACAUCGUUCACCCUGGCCCUGGUGAAGGAAAUACUCGUCCUUCGAUUGCGGCCAUGGUUGGAUCCCUCGAUGCGCAAUGCGCUCGCUUCGCUGCGACUCUUCGCAUUCAACGAGCCCAAGGCGGUCGUCAGCGUUCCGACAUCAUCCAAGACAUCUAUGGCAUGACUACGGAACUGCUCCGCAGCUUCUACAAGGAAGCCAAGACCAAGCCUCGUCGUAUCGUCAUUUACCGUGACGGCGCCUCCGAGGGCCAGUUCCGCGAGAUCCGACUUACGGAAAUCGCUGCCAUGCGUCGCGCAUGCGAGGAUAUCGACAGGAACGCUGCCCCCGGACAACCUCCGUACCGUCCCCCGAUUACGUUCAUUGUCGUGACCAAGCGCCACGGAACUCGCAUGUUCCCGAAGAGAAAGGAAGAUGCGGACCAGAGUGGAAAUGUCAUGCCUGGAACGAUUAUCGACACUAACAUCGUUCACCCGAAGGAAUGGGACUUCUACUUGAACUCGCACUCCGGUCUGCAGGGCACGUCUCGCAGCGCGCACUAUCACGUCCUUCACGACGAUAACAAGUUCACGGCCGACAAACUCCAAGAAAUGACCUACCGCCUCUGCUACUUGUACGCUCGCUGCACGCGCUCGGUCAGUGUGUGCCCGCCAAUCUACUACGCGGAUCUUGUGGCUGCCAGGGCCAGGGCGCACUUCAAGGGAAUGGAAUGGGGUUCUGAAGACGACACAACUUCCGUCUCCUCCGCCGCCCAAGAAGACGCCUCCAAGGUCUGGGUCGAGCGCUUCGCGACCGUCCACAAGGAUCUCGCCCAAGUCAUGUACUACAUGUGAUGAAGGCCACACCAAGUCAUUACCGGAAUCCCAACGUACUCCAUCGAAGGGAAAGGAAAUCAAACAACAAUCUAUUCAAGGCGGGAGAGAAAUCGCAAAGUUUUUCGGCAACUUUCCAAGUGUCGCUCUUGUUUUUUUGUUCACCUACUCACCCCACGCUAACUAUCGCGGUCAUGGGUUGAGUCGUUUGCGUUUCAUUUGAGUCUUUCGGCGUAUUGCCUCCUAGUGGUGUAGGGUUAGAAUUCCUCACCUAUGCCCCCAAUCCUAUAUCCUCUCCUUCCCGCCUUUGUUGUGUCGUUGUGUGUUAUACGGCACCUUCCCAAGUGCCCCUCUAGUACCAUCAGUUUUGUAUAUAGUUCCCCUUAGCCCUGAAUCGGGAAAGGGAAGAGAUCCGAAAUAAACAGAAAG